UAUCUGCCAAUCCAGACGGCAGCAGGGCGGGAUUUUCCAGCCAUGACGUCCCAAGUUUUCCAGCAAUCUUGUCACUUCGACAUCAUGGCGUAGCAAUGUGGAUGGUUGGGUCAGUACUGGUGGGCACGGAGAAGUUCAGAAACCAAGCUCUGUGGAGUUUUUGUAAAUAUUAGAGGGGGCAAACUAACGGAUAUCCCGACAUCUCUUCGAGCAGAGUUUCGAUUAAACAGUGACUGAAGAUGAUGUCUGAUGCCAGCGACAUGUUGGCAGCUGCCCUGGAGCAGAUGGACGGCAUUAUAGCAGGUUCCAAAGUUCUGGACUACUCCAAUGGACUGUUUGAUUGCCAGUCUCCCACCUCUCCGUUCAUGGGCAACCUGAGGGCACUUCACCUUUUGGAAGACCUGAGGAGCGUCCUGGAAUUGAUGGACACAGAGGAAAGGGAGAGUCUACGCUGCCAGAUCCCCGACUCCACAGCUGACAGUCUGGUUGAGUGGCUCCAUGGGCACCUGUCCAAUGGGCACAUCUCUCUGAGUGGGGGUGACCACUACCAGGAAAGACUUUCCCGGAUAGAGAGUGAUAAGGAGUCUCUGGUUCUUCAGGUGUCUGUGCUGACAGACCAGGUGGAGGCUCAGGGGGAGAAGAUCCGAGACCUUGACUUGUGUUUGGACGAGCACAGGGAGAAGCUGAACGCUACUGAGGAGAUGCUGCAGCAGGAGCUUCUCUGCAGAACUGCACUGGAGACCCAGAAGCUAGAACUGAUCUCUGAAGUGUCCAACCUAAAGCUGAAACUGAGUAACAUGGAGAAGGACAGACUUGAUUUUGACAGAUUUAGGGACAGUGAGGAUUUGAUUCUUGAGAUUAAUGAACUGCGGUACAGACUGACAGAGCUGGAGAACGAAAAACUACAAUACGAAAAGAAACUGAAAUCCACAAAGUCGCUAAUGGCCAAGCUUUCUAGCCUGAAAAUCAAAAUGGGCCAGAUGCAGUAUGAGAAACAGAGGAAGGAGCACAAACUCCAGGCUAUGAAGGAGGAGCUUGCCAUACUGAGGAGGCAGCUGGAGGGCAAAGAUGGGGAGAUGAGGAGACUACAGGAUGAGACAGGCUUCAAAGCCAUGGCCUCGAGCAGUGCAGAUCCCACAGAGAGAGUUUCUCAUCCAGAUGAAACUCUUAGAAAGAGGCUGAAAGAAAAACAUGUGGAAGUGCAAAGAAUGAAAAAGGCAGUUGAAUCAUUGAUGGCAGCCAAUGAAGAGAAGGAUCGUAAGAUUGAGGAACUGAAGCAGUCAUUGCUGCGGUACAAGAAGGUUCAAGACAUGGUGAUGUCAGUGCAAGGGAAAAAAGAGAAAACCAAAGAAAACGAACAUGUUGAGAGUCAAGGUGACAGAGCCGUCGCAUUAUUGUCAGUCAACUCUGAGCCCCCGGAGUCGGAAAAUCAAGACGUGAGAGAUGUUGAACAACAGAGAAGGAAGAGCCCCGAUGAGUUGGAGGGUGUCAGUGGACGGAGUGAAGAGCCUUCACCCACACCCAGCCCUUCAGAUCCAGAACUAGUGUCAGAGUGCGCACCAACAGAUUUAGAAAGCCAAGAUGCCACGAAGACUGGCAGUCAGGACCAGCUGGAUAGGAGUAAUAAUGAAAAGAAUACAAUUGAAGGGACUGGCAAGAUCACUGAAAAGCCACCCAUCAGUCCCUCUGCCACCAUGGAGGACGACAGCUUUGGGUCGAGAAAGGCUCGUUCAUCUUUUGGAAAGGGUUUCUUCAAGAUCCGUGGGGGCAAGAAGACAUCCAGUACGCCGAACCUUGACCGCAGCCGGAGUGCAAGUGCGCCUAUGCUAGCUGAAACGGAGCGACAGGGCACUGACCAUUUGGAUCUGGCUGGGCUACCACAGAGGUCGUCUAACAGCGACAGCACCCACACACUCCCUACAACCCCAGAGAGCAAGAAGAAAUCCAAAGGAAUAAAGAAACUCUUUGGGAAGCUGAAAAGGAGUCAGUCCACCACAUUUAACCUGGAUGACAACCUGCCAGAGGGUGAGUUCAAGAGGGGUGGAGUGCGAGCCACGGCGGGACCCAGACUGGGUUGGUCUCGUGACUUCCAGAGAGUCAACAAUGAUGUUGAUGCGCCCUUUGCACGGUGGUCAAAGGAUCAGGUGUGUGAUUGGCUGCAGGAGCAGGGACUUGGUCUUUAUGUAAACAUGGCUCGCGUAUGGAUCUCCUCUGGUCAGACACUUUUACAGGCCUCACAGCUGGACCUGGAGAGGGAGUUGGGCAUCAAACACCCGCUGCACAGAAAGAAGCUGCAGCUGGCUCUGCAGGCCCUCGGCUCAGAGGAGGAGGAUAAUAAGGGAAAGUUGGACUACAACUGGGUGACAAGAUGGCUGGAUGACAUUGGUCUGCCUCAGUAUAAGACCCAGUUUGAUGAGGGGAGGGUGGACGGUCGCAUGCUGCACUACAUGACAGUGGAUGACCUGCUGUCUCUGAAAGUGGGGAGUGUCCUGCAUCACCUCAGUAUCAAGAGAGCCAUUCAAGUGCUCCGACUGAACAGCUAUGAGCCCAACUGCUUGCGUCGUAGGCCAUCUGAUGAGAACAAUAUUUCUCCUGCAGAGAUUUCCCAGUGGACCAACCAUCGUGUGAUGGAGUGGCUGCGGUCUGUGGACCUUGCCGAAUACGCUCCCAACCUGAGAGGCAGCGGUGUGCACGGAGGCCUGAUGGUUCUGGAGCCACGGUUCAACGUGGAGACCAUGGCUUUGCUGCUGAACAUCCCCCCCAACAAGACGCUGCUGCGCCGCCACCUUGCUACGCAUUUCAACCUGCUCAUUGGCUCAGAGGCCCAGCAGCUCAAACAGGAGUGUCUCGAAAACCCAGACUACACUUUACUUACUGCCACCACUAAGGUCAAGCCAAGGAAACUGUCAUUUAGUAGCUUUGGCAGUCUGAGGAAGAAGAAGCAGGAGGAGAGUGAGGAGUACGUGUGUCCGAUGGACGUGGAGAUGCCAAAGGGACGAAGCUUUCAAAAAGGCUUCGAGCUCCAAAUCUACGAAGACGACCUGGACAGGCUAGAACAGAUGGAGGACUCUGAGGGGACUGUGAGGCAGAUCGGGGCUUUCUCUGAGGGGAUUCAAAAUCUGACGAGCAUGCUGAAAGAUGAUGAAUUCUUCAAAGAGAUUUCAAAUUCACCAAACCCCAGUGUAACAGACGAGGACUCCAAUGCAUGAGCCUCCUGGCACCAUGAGCACCUGGUCCUGCUGUGAAUAAAACUCUGUGCCAACCCUCUCCACUCACACACAGACUUAUCUCAACAAACCCAAUGCUCCCACAUUUCUUCUUAGUGUUACAUUCAAAGAUGAGCCAAAAGUAUUAUAGUGUCUUUCUUAUUUCAGUUUCAAAUAAUGCUGAAAGUCCAAUAUUGCUAAUUAGAACUUUGCUGUCUCCAUUACUGUCACCUGAUAACAGAAGGAACAUUUAGGGCAACACCACUGCUCCCCUGCCAGCUGGUUUCUGGAGAUAUUUUGUACUCAGUUGUGUACUGGCAUCUUUGGCAUAAAGUGUCAACCAGCAGAAAAAGACAUCGAAAAUAUGCCAGUAUAGAUUUUAAUAUAUGUCUUUUAAAUUCCCUUCUGACUGUAGAAAUAUUAAAAAAAAAAAAAAGAUGGGCUUCAUUCAGAAGUGAUAAGCUGAGAAGAUUGUCCCAUUUUUAGAAGUUAGUGUAAAGUGAUUACUCAGAAACAGCUGCUAUGUUUUCUACAGAACUAAACUUUGCUAAUUAAGUGGAAAUUGUCUUAUAUUUUAUCCUGCGCUGAGCAUUUUACUGGUUUUCACUCAAAAGUAAUAUUUGUCUUGCAUUUGCACCAGUACAUAUCAUACAGUAAAAAUCCUAAUGAAUAUCAUUGCAUGGUAUUGACAUUCAGCACAUUAAGUUCAUUAUUGCUCAUUAUUUUAUUUUUUACUAUAAAUUGAUUUUUAAUGGAACCAUGUUUGCUGGGUUAUUUUUGGAAAAGCGUUUUGGCAUAUACAGAUUUGUGACAUAAUAUCAGGUUUUCUCAAAAUAAUGUUGUGAGGCAACCUGAAGCAACCCUCAACCAUACCUGAGAAGUUAGGCUGUUUGUUUUUGUUUGUUUGUUUUUGUUUUAUGUUUAUCAAUUCCUAAGAUCAAUAAAGUAAUUUAAACCACUUUGGAUUUUCCUCAAAUAGACACAGUUAAGUCUAAUACAAACUGGGGACAGGAGAGACAAUGUGAAAGUUCCCGAUUUCGCAGCUGAAUGAUAAAAUGAAAAAAUGUGACUUGAAAACAUGGCCUUUUUAACAUUCUGUAUAAUUGUGAAUUAUUUACUACGGAUAGAGGCAAUAAAAUAAAGCCAUUUUAUCAAUUGCAGUCCUCUGUAUUCACAAUAGUUUGAUCCUGUGGACUGAUUGGAGAAAUCUGCACUGAGCAUCCUGCAAGACAAGCAUGUGUAAGAGGUGAGGGAUUACAGACACGGCUACAAUGUAAUAAAGAUGUUGAAGCUACAUCAGACAGAUUACAUUUUCAAGCACUCAGACUUCAGUACCAAUGUCUGAAACAGGUGUGAUGGUCACAAAAGCUUGAAAAAAUUAUGGAUAGGACCCUCUAAACGGAGACUUCUGAAAAACUCUGAUACCACUUGUUACAUCACAUGUCAACUUUGAGAUGGGAAACGAGAAGAUCCUGCUAUUGGUUUGACUAUUGUGUAUUUUGUACUUCAUACAUUUUCCACGUAAUUGUUCACUUUUUGAUCAGCUAUAAAGAAAAAAACACAAGUGGGAAUAAAAAACAUUUAAGUCUG